CUUCGACAUAGUUUGCUUGUUUUGUCUUUCCUAAUACCUUUGAAUUGUGACUCAGGUUUUCCUGUCAGACUGGUGAAUGGAGAAAACGAGAAGGAAGGACGAGUGGAGGUUUACGUCCACGGCCAGUGGGGCACCGUCUGCGACGACGGAUGGACUGACGAGGAUGCGACCGUGGUCUGCCGACAGCUGGGCCAUAAGGGUCCAGCCAGAGCAAGAGCCAUGGCUUACUUUGGGGAAGGGAAAGGGCCCAUCCACGUGGACAACGUGAGGUGCGUGGGCACGGAGAGGUCCCUGGCCGACUGCGUCAAGCGAGACUUCGGGGAACACGACUGUCGCCACGGGGAGGACGCAGGGGUCAUUUGUGACUACUCUGCCACGAAGGCCUCUGGCAGCAGUGGCACAGAGUCCCUCUCAUCUGUGUGUGGUUUGAGAUUAUUGCACCAUCGGCAGAAGCGCAUCAUUGGUGGAAAAAAUUCUUUGAGGGGCGGCUGGCCCUGGCAGGCUUCCCUCCGGCUGAAGUCAUCCCAUGGCGGCGGCAGGCUCCUCUGCGGGGCGACGCUUCUGAGCAGCUGCUGGGUGCUGACGGCAGCACACUGCUUCAAGAGGUACGGCAACAGCUCCAGGAACUAUGCCAUUCGGGUUGGGGAUUAUCAUACUCUGGUGCCGGAGGAGUUUGAAGAGGAGGUCGGAGUGCAGCAAGUUGUGGUGCACCGGCAGUAUCGACCAGAGAGCAGUGACCACGACAUCGCCCUGGUCAGGCUGCAGGGACCAGAAGAGCAGUGUGUCAGACUCAGCAGCCACGUUCUGCCAGCCUGUUUGCCGCUGCGGAGAGAGAGGCCGCAGAAGACAGCUGCCAGCUGCUACAUAACAGGAUGGGGAGACACAGGACGAGCCUAUUCAAGGACACUACAACAAGCAGCCAUCCCCUUACUUCCCAAGAGGUUUUGUGAAGAACGGUAUAAGGGUCGGUUUACAGGGAGGAUGCUCUGUGCUGGAAACCUCCAGGAACGCAGGCGCGUAGACAGCUGCCAAGGAGACAGCGGGGGACCACUCAUGUGCAAGCGACCUGGAGAAAGCUGGGUUGUGUAUGGGGUGACUUCCUGGGGGUAUGGCUGUGGGGUCAAGGGCUCCCCUGGUGUUUACACCAAAGUUUCAGCCUUUGUACCUUGGAUCAAAAGCAUCACCAAAUUGUGAUUCUGGAAACCUCAGAACAAACAGUAUUUCAAGGAACUGAUGAAAAACUUUUAACUUCAACCUUUACCUGUAAGCCAGAUGACAACCGUGAGGGUGAGAUUCAUGUUCCUUGCUAUUUGUUGAUAGAAAUUGUGUAUCCUUUGCUGAUUUUGAGAACUUGUGAAAUUUUGGUUCAGAUACCUCAGUAUUAUCUUUAGCAUUGUUCCCUACCCACAUUUUAAAGUAAACAGUCUUACUU